UAUUUGCUGAUGAAAGAGACGGGCUGGUGCUCACUAAGCUGCUGCUGAGGACCCGAUCCAUUUGUUUACAACCUUCUCGGACCAGGAAGAGCCUGCAGCUGCUGCGACAUGUGCAUGAUGUCUUUUAAGAAGGAAACACCUCUUGCCAAUGCUGCUUUCUGGGCUGCUCGUAAAGGGAACCUGGCAUUACUCCAGCUGUUGUUGAACAGUGGUCGUGUCGAUGUGGACUGCAGAGACAGUACAGGCACUACAGCUUUGAUGGUGGCAUCGUAUGCAGGACAUGUACAAUGUGUACGAGAGCUUGUACUACAAGGGGCAGAUAUUAAUCUCCAGAAAGAUACUGGUGCUACUGCUUUGUUCUUCGCUGCCCAACAAGGUCACAAUGAGAUUGUAAAAUUCCUUUUUGAAUUUGGAGCAUCUACAGAAUUUAUUACAAGGGAUGGAGGCACAGCAUUGUUAGCAGCCUGUCAGCAUGGACAUUGCCGAGUCGCUGAAACUCUAUUAAAAAAUGGAGCCAACAUGCAUGACCAACUUUGUGACGGAGCGACUCCACUUUUUCUUGCAGCCCAGGGAGGCUUUGUGGAUGUAGUUCGAUUAUUGCUGACGUAUGGGGCCAAGGCAAACCAACCCCGACAGGAUGGCACAACAGCCCUCUGGAUAGCGGCACAGCUGGGGUACAGUGAGGUGGUGAGAGUCCUUCUGCUGAGAGGAGCUGAUCGUGACGCCAUGAGGAUUGAUGGCACCUCUGCCCUCUUCAAAGCUGCAUCUAAAGGCUUCAAUGAUGUCAUAGAGGAGCUACUAAAGUUCUCUCCCACACUUGGUCUUUUAAAGAAUGGAUCCACAGCUCUCCAUGCUGCAGUUCUUGGGGGGAACCCUAAGUCAGUUUCUCUUCUUUUAGAAGCUGGAGCCAACCCUACGAUUAGAAAUAAAGGCAAUGAACAACCCGCAGAUCUCACCAAAAAUGAACGAAUAUUACGUCUCCUUAAGACAGCAGAAUCUGUCAAGAGUUCCCAGCCGUAAAAUGUACUACUUAUUCCUUUUGGUUAGAUAGAACAUAUUUGUUGCCCUGUUUUACUGCUGCAAGCCUAACACUAAGCUGGCUCUUCUCAUGUGCUAAUGUAUAUUAUAUAGAAAAAUAUUGCAAUUCUGGGGUUAAAAAUGGGAAUUUCAUAUGACCCAUAAUGCCUUUACCAGCUAAGUCUUAAGACAGUUUUAUUGUAAUACUGAGCCAUGCAUACUUAGAGAAUGAGUCGCUCUUUUUGUGCUGACCUCUGAAGCCAGCAUUAAGUAGCGACAAACACGCUGGGGAGAUAAUAAAAACCAAUUCUUAGAGUAAACAUAGUAAACUUCUACUUGUGGACAUCAGGUUCAACUGGAGAUGAUCUAGUCCAAGUUUGCACCUUCUAAUACUUGGCUUAGUGUUGCGCUAAAAAUGUGCGUCAAAUGGGGCAAAUUGCACCCUUUUGUCAAGCAUGGUGCAAAAAUGUCAAAAACAUAAUGAAAAUUUUGGGCAAAUCAUGUAAACCAUUUUUUGGCACAAACUGCAUUUUGACUAUCUCUCCCAUUGAUUUUAGCGCGGUGUCAUUCAUGUGUAUCUAUAUAUUGUCAUUUUUUGAAACUUGCUGCAAGCACAGUGACUAGGAAUCAUAUUAGUAAGCUGUGGGUGUAGGGGGUAGUCUGAAGAUUAGUAUGCACUAUGACUGUGGUUCCUAUUACAGGGCUGUACACAUGUAACCUAAUCCCCUUUUCCCAUUAAUCUAGACGGGGCUGGGGCAGUCUGGGAAGGUGUGAAUUAGCUCACUUAAAGGGGAACUGAUUGCCGGUUCACCCGCACUAAACCCAAUACAGUGAUCCCUCAACAUACGAUGGAAAUUUGUUCCAAAUGAACCAUCAUUACUUGAAUUUAUCGUAUGUUGAGGGAUCCGUGCAAUAAUUAUAAACAAAGUUAUACUCACGUGUCUCCGCCGCUUCGGACCUUCACCGCUCCCCUGGAUCAUCGCUCUCCAUCGCUGUCAUCACGUCCCUGGGGUGUCCCGCCACUCUUGACCGUCAUCACUGCCCUGGAUCGUCUCUCUCCAUUGCCGUCAUCACGUCGCCCUGCAUGCCGCUUCUAUUGGAUGAUGGGAUGUCGUGCGCGUCGACGUGAUGACGAUGAAGGAGAGAGACAGCCAAGCAGCGGAGCAUGAAGAGGAUGGUCCGGAACAGCAGGAGCACACCGGGCACAUUAAAUGGCUAUCCGGUGGUAGCUGAAGCAGUCUGCGCUGCCUGAUAGCCGUUUUUGCGAUGGCCCCGACGUACAAAAAUAUUGUUUGUUGAUCCUGCCUUCAACAUACGAUGGCCUCUGAGAGGCCAUCGUAUGUUGAAAUGAUCGUACGUCGGGGCCAUCGUAAGUCGGGGGUCACUGUACUAUGAUUCAGUUCCAGUGAUACCCGUUGUAUUAGUCUCCAUUGGGCAAAGCUGGCUAUUAGUAGUAGAGGCUAAUACAACAGGUACCUCCGAAACCUGACCAUGGGUCCAGGUAAAUAAUACUUUGUUGUAAUUCAGUUCACCUGAACCAUAAUCUUAUGUAUUGAGCUUAGUGCAGGUGAACCAGCUGUAAUUUUCUGGUUAAAGGGAAUGUGUCAUCAGAAUAUGACAUGUUUUUUUAAAUAGAGUUUAUAUGCUAAAAUAUUUUGUAAGAAUUUUUGGUGAUAUUCUUUCCACUUUACUGUCUAUUUUUUAUGAUACUGAAAUCUUGCAGUUUUCAUUCUGACCACAAAGAUAAAAACUAAAAUGACACUUCCUUUUCUGUACAGAUAACUUUUUAGCAGUCACCCCUAAUGAUAACAAUCAGGAUUACAUUAAAAGGUGAUACCAGUAGAAACAUAAGGCAGGAUAUUCACAAUAGCUGAAGCUCAGUGCUCGGCCUCUCCCUCCCUGUAGAAUACAGGAUACAGCCCAGCUAUGAACACUCACAGGGAAGACCAUCAGCCACUGUUUGUAUCUGUAUAAAAGCCUGGUGCCUCUGUUUAUUCAGAUGUAUUUAACCAACAAUCAUUAGUACAAGUAAAACUUUCAAGUUUGUGGCCUAAACUUCAUUGUUUCCUGGACUUUUUUCACUUGUGGGGGAAGUCUAUUACCACCUGUACAUAGGGUGGGCCCUAUUAUUUCUUUGCGCAGUUUAAGCCUGGUGUUCUGAGGUCUAGGUGACUGAACAGCAGUGAGCAACAUGUGAGGGGAGUCAGCCCAACCUUCAGUCCUGGUUUACCACACAUGUAGGGAUUCCUUAGACAUGUACAGCCCUGUAAGAAGACACUGCCAUUAAAAAUAAAUAGCUCAUUCACUAAUUCAAUAUAGUACAUAAUACAUCAGCUGACUUCUUGGGGUGCUGCAUCCUUUUAUGAGAUGCCUGUAUUCGGUUACUACACGCUCAGCUCAUGAAUUCGCCAAGCUCCUAGUUCACAUUGCUUACAGUAUUCUGUAACUAAUAAACUGUACUAAUAAACUUCCCACCUAUGGCAACCAUUCAGUGGCUAGUAGGUUGGCUACAGGUUGUUUGCAAUAAGAGAAAACGGUGAGACAAGCAAUGGACUCCUGUCCAGUGAUACCAAGUAGGGUCUCACAAACACAGUCACUUAGUCUGUGGCUUUACUGGCAAAUUUGGUAACGCAUGCAGAUGAGAAGGGCAUGAAUCUUCCUCAGAAGGGGGACACAAUACUUGAAUGGGUGCAACAGAUUUUCAAUAGUUACAGCUUGUGGUGUUGCUGUCUCUUUAACUCAAAUACUUUUGAUUAUUCCACUGCUCCCUAAGCCACAGUCUCUCAGUUUGGCAAGUGCACUUUGACUUUUUUGUUUAGACCGUUGCUGAGUAAGAGCGUCCUUAGUACAUGAGUUUUGCAUACAAGCUGGAGGAAUUUUCACGCGGAAACACUGGGCCUUGUCUCCCUCACACGGCAAAGUGAUCACAUGUCAGUAUCAUCCAGCCCCCCCCCCCCUUUCUCAUCCUGCUACUUCCUACAUCCGAGACUACUUUCAGCAGUGACAGCCUUGUUAGUCGAUCAUUGACUGAGGUAGAACACCUCUUUGGUCAGUGAUUCCCUGAGAGGGCUGUGAUGGCUGAGAGGUCUCUUUCUCAGAAGACACUAUCCACAUUACUAUGGGAGGAAAUAAAGAGUAAUUCUCACAGUGCAUUAGCACACUGCAUAAUCCCUCUUUUGCUAUAAGGCACAUAACAGUGAACAUAACUAUCGAGGUGCAUACUACUGGCUUUGCCUUUGGCAACCAGGGCCUAAAGAUAAAUGUGGGCCUAAUGAAGUAGCAUCAUUUUAGGGCUUGGAAUAUACAUAGGCCCCAACACAAUAAGGGUCUCACUCGAUAGACUUUCUGCUCGGAAUUGUUUCAGUUUUUUUUUUUUAUUUCGGCUUUUCAUUCUGAAUGUGGGUUUUCAGUGCGGAAUGAAGGCAGAAUUUUCGAGGCAGAAGGUCAGGGCCUGUUUUGCCUAUAGGCAAAAUUGGGAGCCGCCUAGAGCACCCACCACACUUACCCAGGAAGCCCCCCCCCCCCCCCCCCGUACCAUAAUAAUCUGCAUUCUUCAGCCUGCUGGAGGAGCACAGUGCCACCUCCGAGGCCAGACAGGCAGGUCCUGAAAUUUUGCGUGCCUCCAUACAUCAGCCCCAUGAGGAGGAGAUUUGCUACAGUAUGUCACCCCAGUAGUAAGGUGGAGUGCGUCAAAAGGGUAAUGCCAAUGGGCUAGGUCAGGGGGCAGAAAAAGGUGGCAAAAAUCCUUGCACCAGCCCUGCAGAAAAUACAUAGUAUGCAUGAUAAAGCAGAACCCCCAUUGAAACCAAUACAAAAAGCAAUAUACCUAAAAUUCUGCAUUUAAUUCCAAAGUGAUUUCUGCUCAGAAUGUUUGUUGUGUUAACAUAUCCUAAUAGGGAGGAAGCAGCUGAAGGGCAGAAGGAGCCUGCAGCUCAUGAAUGCUUUGGACUCCUAGUUCACAGCACUUGCCGUCCACAUAUAGUAACAUAUAAAUGAUACACUGCUGAAAUCAAUGGGUCUGUCGCUACUUCAUGCUGUCCGAUUAAGAGUCAAUAUAUGCCAGCAUGUUAGGUUGUACAAGAUGGAAAUAAUAUCAGGGACAAAAAAUCAAAGUACAUGUUCAGUUCACAGCACUUUACAGUUACAGUUAUGUAUCAAGCAGCAUUCAUUUAGAGCAAUACUUUAGAAAUUACUUUCAUAUUGUUUAGGUUUUUAUCAAACUGUUUUUUUUUUUUUUUUAACAUUUUUGGCAACAUGUAUACAAGAAAUGUUUUCUUUAGGAAUAUGAUUAUAUAUUUUCGGUACAGUCCAAACUACACAACCAGCCUGUUUUUAUAGGUGGGAGACCAGACUACGCAGCCAGACUGUUGCGGUAAAGGACGGUCCAGACUACAUAAGCAAACUACUACUAUAGGCUACAAGACUAGGCAACACAGCCAAAGCUGUUGUAAUGUGAGGGUGGGCUGGAGUCCUCAGUCAGACUAGUGUUAUAGGAAAGGAUAAGACUAUGCAGCCAGAAUGCUGUUAAAGAAAAGUGGGCUGGCCUCCAUAACCAGUCUGUUGUUAUAGAGAUCAAUAUACCACAUCACAUUUACAGGGGGCCUUUAUGUUACAUUAUAACAAUUUCUAGCCGAUUACUAACAACUCCAUAACAGUGCAUCAUAUACUUUUCUAACAUUACCACAAUAAAUAACAGGUUUUUGCAACAUUAAAAACUACAAUAUAUUCAAAAGAAUAGCUUGAGGGGAAAUUUAAAGGGAUAACCACAAGAAAUGCCUUAAAAGUCUAAACAUUAUGGGACCCACAGACCACUUCUCUUUUUUCCAAAUAUAUACUUGGCCAGAGGCUUCCUCAUCAGGGAGGAUGGGAUCCCUCUUCCUCAAUAUUGCUGUGGGUCAAAGAGGUUGGACCUACACCUAUUAGACAUUGAUGGCAUAUCAUGUGGAUAUGCUAUAAAUCUCUGGCAUUACAGCAAUAUACACCUUUUUUUUAUUUUAUUUUUUUAUGCUUUAUUAUUUUGUUGUUUUAAGUCCAAGUCUUGUGCAAUUUAAUUUUAAUGGGAAUUUGCCAGCUCUAUUUGCUGCACAGGUGUAAGGGUCACGGCAGGUGGUGGAUGCUCUGGUCCUGUGUGGAUGAUGACGUGAGCCGUGCCAGGGAGCUGAGUCUAAGGUGCACUGGUUUUUACCAGAGCCCUCUUCAAAGCGGGAUGGUCUUGCUGCAGCAGGCGGCACCCAGGUCGCUACCCCCAGCACGACUCAUCCACACAGGUUGCUGGGGUGUGGCGUGGCACAAAAGGAAACUGGUAAGAUGAGGUCAAGGUAGCAGUAGGUCAGGGCAGGUGGCACAGGUGCAGGGUCAGGUAACGAUACAAGGAUUAGGAACACGGAUAUCAGGAACACAGGAGCACAGUAUGCUUUCACUAGGGCACAAGGCAACAAUAAUCCGGCAGGGAACAAAGGGAGGAGCUGAUACUUAAAGACAGGGUGCUGGUGUAGACACUUGAUUAAAUGAGUACUGGCCCUUUAAAUGUAAGAGCUCUGGCGCGUGUGCGCCCUAAGAGGUGGAGGCACGUGCGAUAAGGCUGCGAGAACAGAAAGACCAGGGAGGUGAGUGACGGGCUUGGAUUCACAUGCGGGCAAGUCACGCGAUGCGAAUCCCAGCCCCACCGGCAGCGGGGACAUGACAAGAAAGCGCACACGGCGAGUGUGUCUGGCCGGGGGGCAGAUGUUACAGUACCCCCCCCAUUUGGUCUCCCCCUCUUCUUUGGAACUCAGAAAGUUCCCCACUACAUGAGACAUAGGGGUUUCUGGAAUGGGCAAAGGCUGUAAGGGACCUGCAGGUUUCUGUCGUGGAGUCUUCCGUCUUCUAAGGUGACCAACUGGCAAAGAAGAAUGUCCCUAAUUCAAGACUUUACGUCCAAGUUUGACAGACACAGAAGAUAUCACCGGAGGAACAGUAUGCCUUGGGGUGGAGUCCAAUCCUGCAACAUCAGAGCAUCUGGAAAGAGCGUCGUCUCUGAAGGUUUAAUUAGCAGGCCUAAGAGGAGGCACAAGUGAUCUUGGCAAUAUUGUCCCCAACACGUGAUUUCACCAGAUUUCCAGUCAAGUUGUGGAGAAUGACAUUGAAGCCAAGGAAGACCAAGAAGAAGCUCCGAAGUUCAAUGUGGUAGCACAUAAAACUCAAUUCUUUACUUAUGCAAAUCCCCUACUUGCAUGACAAGGGGUUUAGUGCGGAAUUGCACCUUACAGUUCAGAUUUUGUCCAUUAACAGAAGUAAUGAAGAAGGGCUUGACUAUGCGUCACUGGAAGACGGUGUUUAUGGACCUGGGAGGCACCAAUGAAGUUGCCAGUGGAACCGGAGUCCAAAAAAGCAGAAGUGAUUAAAGAAGUCUUGGCAGAGGAGAGGUAAUAUUCACAUCUAGGGAUGCCACUCCUACUUGUCCAAGAUAAGAGCAUUCUCCUGGACGCGGAGUACGUACAGAACAGUUUUUGAGAAAGUGCUUCGGACUGGCACAAUAUAGGCACAAAUUCUCAUUACGUCGAUGGGAUUUUUCCUGCUGCGUUAAGUGAAAACGGUCCACUUCCAUAGCCUCUUCGGCAGGAGGCAAAGAAGACAGUAGGGGUGAAUGUUGGAACAUGGGUGCCAGAUGAGGUAAACGCCAUGUCCGGGCAGGUUAUUUUUUCAAAGGAAGUUCCUCCUGCCUCUCGGCAAAACACACAUCAAUACGAGUGGCGAAAUGGAUAGGUUCGCUCAGGUUAGUCGGAGAAUCUUGUGCAGCAAUUCUAGAGGAAAGUCUUUUUUUUAAAGGUAGCACCCAAGGUCUCAUCAGUCCAAGCAAGUUCAGAGGCAAGAGUGCAGAACUGAACCGGGUAGUCGCCAAUGGAGGAGUUCCCUUGGCAGAGGUUUAGAAAAGCCACUCCACAGAGGAGGCUUGCGCAGGUUCUUCAAAUGCAUUGUGGAAUUCUGCAAGGAAAGCCGACAGGUUCAAAGAGACCGGAUUUCUACAAUCCCAGAGAGUAGUAGCCCAGGCUAAAUCUUUUCCAGACAGUAAACUGACCACAAACGCCACUUUAGCACGCUCCGUCUGGAAUAGUGUUGAGCACGAAUAUUCGUAAUGCAAAUUUUUAUCGCGAAUAUUGUCACUUCGUGAUUUCGUGAAUAUUUAGAAUAUAGUGCUAUAUAUUCGUAAUGACAAAUAUUCAUUUUUUUCAGUCAUCAUUAGAUAGCUGUUGGGGUAUACAAGUAAACUGUACCUUUCCUGGAGCUGAUUGUGGUUUUCAAACUAAUUUAAUUGCAUUUUAAUUUCUCAGUCAAGUGUCUAGGAGGUGGGCCGAGCUGCUCAAGUGCCACAACCUGCCACAUCUCCCUGCUCACCCUCACCUCCCAGUUCUUCCUUAAAAGAGUAGUCUAGUAAAAAAUAACUUAUCUCCUAUCCAAGGAUAGGGGAUAAGUUAUAGAUCGCUGGGGGUCCGAGCGCUGGGACUCCCCACGAUCUCCUGCACAUGUUCCUGGUAGUUUGCCGGAAGCUGAUGUCCAACCCCCGCAGGAAGCCGUUGCCGGCACACCCCUCCAUGGAUCUCUAUGGGUACAUGGAGGGGCGUUUCGGCUGGCGCUCCAUGCGGGGAUCGGCAUGCCCCCUUCCAGCCGACUGCCGGGACCCCAUGCAGGAGAUCGCGGGGGGUCCCAGCGCUCUGACCCCUCGCGAUCUAUAACUUAUCCCCUAUAUAGGUGGGAUAUAGGAUAGGGGAUAAGUAAAUUUUCACCAGACAACUCCUUUAACUAACAGGGGUAGGAUGUAAGGGUGAGCAAGGCGGGCGUGCUCCUGGGAACAGUUAACCCUAACAGCUAUCCAACAGUGUAUGCAGCACUUAGCAGCAGAUAGAGCUCACAGAUUUCCUUUAAUAUGCUGUAUAUUUAUAGUACUGUAGUCUGAGCUCCAAAUUUCUUAUUUACUUUCAUGUCGUCAUAGAGUUAAAUGCUUCACCCCAUAUGUGGCCAAUGUUUACCCAAUAUGUGGCUUCAGACACAAAAAAAGCCAGAAGUAGAUUCUAAAGUAACAAGAAAUAUAAAGGAAUGAAUUCUUCUUCUUCCUACUGGAUUCACUCCUGGCUUUCACUCAAAAACUGCAGUGGUAGUUUUCCAAAAUAAAUUCCCAUGUGUAAUCCCAGCCUAAGUAUAGAUUUUAGAUUAAUUUAGAUUAAAAAAAACAAAAUGGCAGUGUUUUAGGGUAUUUACGCUAGGUUCCUGCCGGUACCCUGGGGAUCCAAUGGAGUUCUGUCAGCAGCGCUUAACUAUGGACAGGCAUAAAGAAUUAGCUCACAUCACUGCUGAAAUUAUCUUCUACCUAUAUAUUUUGGUGCUGAAGCCCUUGUAAAAAGACUGCUAGUAUUUGGCUGCCAUCACACACUGCAGUUUUUGAGCCACAGACAGAAGUUGAUCGAGCAGAAGAAGUUCUCCCGUUAUAUCUCCCAUUUGUUUUGAAACCGCUUUUGGUUUCCUGCUCAAAAACUGCAGUGGCAAUAUCGCAAAAAGAAAACCUGCUGUGUGUGAUGGCAGCCUUUAGGGUAGGGUGAGUGCAGCAAGAUCGCUACAGAAAAAAUGCUGCAAAAUACGGCAUGUGUGACCCUACCCUUGGGUGCUCCCACAAAAUAGAAUGUAAACUGGAGAUGGGAGAACCAGUGACUGGGCAUGAGUUAAGAGAGUCAUAGAAACGGUAAUAGCUAUUAGCAACCUAGCAGAAAACAGUAUAUAGCAAACACUGUGGCUGGAAAAUCCUCUUCAGCUUAAUCUAUGUUAUAUAAAAACGACACACUUUUUGAAUAGUAUGCAGAUAAUAAUGCAUUAGACUUCUUUGCAUGUGCUACAGUAAAACUAAAUAAAGCUAUUUCUAUGCAAUGACAGAUGACAACAAGCUUUACCUAUUGGGCCUUGGUCCAAGCUUUUAAACGGUACAUUAAUUAAAGUGGAAUGCUCUUUUAGCUGUGUGGUAUUUAUAUACUUUUGUUUGUCUGCUGUAAUGGAAAUGUGAGUGUUAUUCCCGUUUCUGUUUACAAAUAAACUCUUUAUUAUCACUUGGAUUUUCCUAUAAUGAAGACUAACAUCUAUCAAAGUUAUGUCAUAUUCAGGUAAACUAUAAUUAAUACAUUUAUUAAAUCUACAUAUUUUUGGUUUGACUAUGUUGGGUGUGAACCCGUAGCAAUCAUUUACGGUUCUUUUACAUAAGAUGGAAAUGCUGUUGGUUUUCUGCAACACAAAGCCACAGCAUGUAGGUGAACCAGCCGCAGCAAAUCUAAAGAGCAAAAAUGUAAAAAAUAAACUAAAUGAAAAAAAUAAAAAAAAUAAAAUAAAUGAAUGUUGCUUGGUUGAACUUAA